UUGCUUUGUGUUUUUCCCCAGGUUUGUCAGUGAAGGCAGCAAUGGAAACGCAGAGCAGCAGCACUGAGAAGUUUUACAGGAUCCCCAAAGGAAAGGGACCGCACUCGGUUGGAUGUACAGACCUGAUGACAGAAAAUGCAGUUGAGGGAAGCUUCUUGCGCCUCUAUUAUCCAUCAGGCGAUGCCACACAUAAUGAAGAGGCACCAUGGAUUCCAGAUAAAGAGUAUUAUCAGGGACUCUCUGACUUCCUCAAUAUGUACCGAGUUGUGGGAGAAAGGCUUUUCCAGUACUAUGUUGGUUCAGUGACCUGUCCUGCAAAGCCAAAUGCUGCUUUUAAGCUUGGAGAAAAAUACCCACUUCUCAUUUUUUCUCAUGGACUUGGAGCUUUUCGGACGAUCUAUUCUGCUAUUUGCAUAGAGAUGGCUUCCCAGGGCUUUAUAGUGGCUGCUGUGGAGCACAGAGAUGAAUCUGCUUCAGCAACAUAUUAUUGUAAAAAAAAGUCCAUUUCUGAACCACAGGAGGAGUCUACGUCAAACAUGGAGAAGGAGUGGAUCUACUACAGAAAACUAAAAACCGGAGAGGAGGAACGUUGUCUGCGCCAUAAGCAGGUACAGCAAAGAGCGCAGGAGUGUAUCAAAGCUCUCAAUCUCAUUCUUAAAAUCAAUUCAGGAGAGGAAGUAACGAAUGUCCUACAUUCAAACUUUGACUGGCAUAGCCUAAAGGAUUCUGUUGAUACUAGCAGAAUAGCUGUGAUGGGACACUCUUUUGGUGGUGCUACAGUUAUUGAGAGUCUCAGCAAAGAAGUAAGAUUCAGGUGUGGCAUUGCCCUCGAUGCAUGGAUGCUUCCCGUAGGUGAUGACAUUUAUCAAAACAGUGUCCAGCAACCACUGCUGUUUAUCAACUCUGAAAAAUUCCAGUGGGCUGAGAAUAUCUUAAAGAUGAAGAAGCUCAGCUCCAAUGACACAAACAAGAAAAUGAUCACUAUCAAGGGGUCAGUACAUCAGAGCUUUCCUGACUUUACCUUUGUGAGUGGAGAAAUCAUUGGAAGAUUUUUCAAAUUAAAAGGAGAAAUAGAUCCAAAUGAAGCUAUUGAUAUAAGCAAUCAUGCUUCAUUAGCGUUCCUGCAGAAACAUUUGGGUCUUAAGAAAGAUUUUGAUAAGUGGGAUUCUCUUGUGGAUGGCAUAGGACUGAAUGUUAUUCCUGGUACCAAUAUUAACUUAUCUCCAGCUGAAUCUGAAUAAGGAAUACAAAAGAAGUACUGGAAAUGCCAUGGACAUCAGGACACUAAUGUUGGCUAGAUAUUGCUCAGACACGUGAUGGUGUUGGCCACCUACACAGCUUUUGGCUUGUGGAACAAAAAAACAGUAGGUUGCAUUAUC